AUGCAGAACCAACCAUCACCUCAUGGAGAAAAAACUCGAUGGGAAAAACUAAAAUUGGGAUUGGUUACAUUGGCAAAGUUUAUUGGUCCUGGCUACUUGGUGGCUGUUGGAUACUUUGAUCCUGGAAACUGGGCUACUGACCUUUCUGCUGGUUCGCAGUUUGGCUAUAAACUCUUAUUUAUUAUUUUAAUGGCUAAUCUCAUGGCAAUUGUUUUGCAAAGUUUGAGUGCCAAACUCGGUGUUGUAACUCGACAGGAUCUUGCCACACACUGUCGAAAACAAUGUCCAAAAUGGCUCAAUUGGAUCUUAUAUAUUUUCUGCGAACUGGCUAUUGUGGCAUGUGAUCUUGCUGAGGUCAUUGGUUCUGCUAUUGCUCUUAAUCUUUUGUUUGGUCUUCCGCUGUUUGCUGGAAUCAUCGUGACUGCUCUUGAUGUGCUAUUGAUUUUACUUGGUUGGAGUGCAAAGUACAUUAGAGUAUACGAGGCCAUCAUUGCGAUGAUUGUAGUAACGGUUGGUAUUUGUUUUGCCACGCUUAUUGGCAAAAAUCCUCCAGUCUGGAGCGAUACAUUUUUGGGAUUUCUUCCUUCUAGCAAAACACUUUCUGAUCCAGGAAGUAUUUAUAACGCUGUCGGUAUCAUUGGUGCAACGGUCAUGCCACACAAUUUAUACCUUCAUUCUGCUCUUGUUCGAUUUCGUGCUGGAAAUGGGCAGCAUGAAGCAGGCCAAGUUCACGAAGUUGCAUCUGAUACCGACUCGACCAAUACGGAGCAGCGACUUUUUAAUAGUCCGAUCAGUAUUUCCACGAGUGUCAGAAUGUCUACCAUUGAUGCGAUUCUUGCACUUACGAUUGCUCUAGUUGUGAAUUCAUCUAUUCUGAUCGUUGCAGCAGCAAAUUUUCACUCUGUGGGUAGAACUGACAUUGCUGAUAUUUCUGAUGCGCACAAUCUGAUUGCACAAAUGCUUGGCCCAGCUGCAGGAGUUAUUUUUGCAGUGGGUUUAUUGCUUUCCGGUCAAAGUUCAACCAUCACAGGCACUCUUGCGGGUCAGUUUGUCAUGGAAGGAUUUCUUGGCUCUCAGUUGUGUAUAGCUCCAUGGAUGCGUCGGACUGUUACACGCAUGUUGGCUAUUAUUCCUGCACUAACGAUUGUUCUUAUUGCUGGCGAUAAAUCACUCAAUGAUUUGUUGGUGAUAUCCCAAAUCAUACUGAGUCUUCAACUUCCUUUUGCCAUUUGGCCACUUGUUUACUUUACCAGCAGUCGGAGAAUCAUGACUGUAACGUAUGGAUCUGCUGGCAUGAAAUCGGAGUAUGCGCAACUGGCAGUCAAGGCUGCAGUAGAAGCACCCAUAACUGAAUCAUUUGCCAAUUCGUGGCUUACAACGAUUGUUUCUGUGAUUGUUGGAUUAGUGAUUACAGUCUUUAAUGUCAUUUUGCUUGUACAAAUUGCAACUGGAAGCAGUGGGAGCUGA